CUUGGCGCCGAAAUUUUGAAGACAAAUUUGCAGACGAUUCAGUCCAAAUCCGCCGUAUCGUGUGUGAUAGUGGCCAAGUUCAAGCACAAAUCAGUUGCAAACAUCGUAAAUAUGGCCUAUCUUCAUCACGUUCGUCGUAUCCGAAGAUUGAGAGAGAAUCCAGAAGGGAGGCCACAAAGAGGUCCCCGGGACCUGAAGGACCCUUUUGAAUUGUACGAUGAAGAAGCAUUCCGGAUACGAUAUCGUUUUUCCAAGGAGAGCGUCAUCUACAUCAUCGACAUGCUUGAAGCAGACUUGACGAGGAACACGGAGAGGAACAAUCCUCUACCAGUCAGUCUACAGGUUUUGACAGUUCUACGAUUUUAUGCCGUUGGAUCUUUCCAGAGGAUGCAUGGUGAUGAGGCAACAGUAUCACAGUCAUCUGUCAGUAGAGUGAUCAAAGAUGUGUCUGAAGCUAUUGCAAGGAGGAAGAGGCAAUUCAUGACCUUUCCUGCAACGAGAGAAGAAGUUGAAACGACCCAGCAGCAAUUUUACGACUACUGCAGAUUUCCAGGGGUCAUUGGUGCAAUUGAUGGGACUCAUGUCUACAUCCAGAGUCCUGGUGGCGAACAAGCCAUGUACUUCUUGAACAGGAAGAACAGAUAUUCGGUCAAUGUUCAGGUAGUUUGUGAUCUUGCUGGGAAAAUAACAAGUAUUGUGGCAAGGUGGCCUGGCAGCACCCAUGAUUCCCGGAUUUUCAAUGAGAGCUCACUGAAGGAACAGCUGGAGGCAAGGGCAGAUGGUGCUGAGUGGCUUCUUGGAGAUAGUGGGUACCCAUGUCUUCCCUAUCUCAUGACCCCUCUCCUGAAUCCUCAGGGACGGCCACAGGUACGCUAUAAUGCUGCCCACAAAAGAGGGCGUUGUAUUAUUGAGCGGACCUUUGGUCGUUUGAAGAGGAGGUUCCCUUGCCUCAAUUAUCUCCGCGUGAAGGUGGACACUACAUUUGCAAUCAUAGUGUCUUGCUCGGUCCUGUGGAAUAUCUCUCUUGACCGGCGCGAGCCAGAUAUUCCAGGACCUGAGCCUGAGGAAAUGCCUCCACUUGUCCACCUUCCUCCUGGCCUCCACGACGUUGUCGUAGGAAGGCUCAGGAGAGAGCAGAUAAUUGAGGAUCACUUUAAUCGUUAAGGCAUGUCUGUGUAUGUAUAUACAUAUAGAAGGUAAUUUUUGUCUCACCUGCGUAGCACAGCGGGACUAAAAGCGCUGCUUUUCUGACAACGGCGGCGUCAACAAUGAAAUCUUAACCGAGGUUAAUUUUUGGUAAUGUCAUAACUAUGAAAGUUUUUGGAUGUAGUUCAUGAAACAGACAUGAGAGGAAUCAAAGAUCACUUAUUGUUAUGCACAAGUCUUAGGUCAUAUGAUCAAGGUAAAAAAAAGGUCAUUUUGGGUCAAUGAUCAUGUUUUCUAUUGUGAGUAUAUUUAAUAGUUUUCUAAGUCAUCACUGCUGCUAUAUUGAUUCGCGUAAUGCAGGCGAGACUGCCAGAGGCGUUCGACUUAUCAUGGGAAGGGCAGUGAAUUUGAUCCGAACGAAAAUGUUUGAAAUCUGAAACUUAACUAUCCUGAAUUCUAUAGUGCAAAUUUCAGGCUUUUUCCUUAUUAAAUAUUGCUUAAUUUGGUACAUUAAAACACUCCCACAUUUGUGCAAAUUCUUUUUUUUUUUUUUUGUCAUCAGAAUUAACACAAAGAAAAUAUCACAGACAUGCCUUACAUUAAAGUAAAGUAGCCACUCGGGACUAUCUGCUCUGCCUCCAACCGUUCAUUCAGUAGCUGCAGAGGAUAUUUGGAAAUCAUGAAGCUGCCAAGGUACUUGUUAUUUUUCCAGCAAGCAAGGUUUUCAUGCAGCUACAUUUACAUCUGAAUUACAUUCCGAAAGUUUGGGCCUUUGUUUGAGGGGGGAGGGUGCCUCCAUCAUGAAAAGUUAUUACCAGAAGCAUUAAUAUAUUUAAAAGGUUAUAUGCCCAUCCCCUUUUCCUUGAUAACUAAUAAUCUAUGUUUAUGGGUGAGAAAUUUAACUGCUUGGAUUACAGAAUAUCAGGAUGUAAGCAGGGAAAAGAAUACACAAGGGCUACGGAUGAAUAUGCCCCUUAAUUAACUGCAAAAAAAGCACUGUUAAACUAAACAAGAAAAGCCCCCGAAAAAUAUCAUAGGGUCCAUUGUUAACUGUACAUGUAAUACAAAAGUUAACAUUCUGGCUUGUCCCCAAAGUAGCCCUGCAAAAAUAUUGAUUUUUUCCCCCUCUGCAUGAUGGGUAAUUUGUAUAUUUAUUAUAUAAUGGCUAGUUCACAAGACAAGG